AUGAAAACGCAACAUAAAGUUGUGAACAAGAAAUAAAAGUUUCGUAUGACCAAUUGUACAAGAUUGUUUCAUUAAACCUUCGCUAACCCUCGAUCCAUUUCAACCAUGGCGUCGGUUGAAGAAUUAGGCGUUUCUGCCCUUGUCUACGAUUAUUUACUGAAAAAGGAUGCAUCUUUAGCAAAGGUUUUCCAGAAAAAAACACAGGCGCUUCCAUUACCAAAAGGAGCACCUACUAUACAGGAUGUAUUUCAAUAUUUUCAAAAGAGUUCGCCAAAGAAAAUUACAAUAAAGGCACAAACAAAAGAUAGUAGUUUAGAUUCAAGCUCUGAAAGUGAAGAUGAGUCACCAAAAAAAGCAGUACAAGUAAAUGGUAAAGUUACAGCUAAACCAGUUGUUGCCACAAAAAAAGAUGUAUCUUCUUCAGAAGAAUCUUCAAGUGAGGAUGAAAAACCAGCAUCUAAAGUUGCUCAAAAAAUCCCAUUGAGUAAUGCAGUAAAAUUUAAAGCAGCACCUCCUAAGAUAUUAGAAAAGGCAAAAGGAAAUGUCAAGGGAAUGCCUGCUAAAGAAGAGGAUAGUUCAGAGGAAAGCUCUACAGAAGAGGAAGAAGAGAAACCAAAAUCACAAAUAAAAACAUCUGCAUCACCUAAAGUUAUUAAAACAUUAAAUGUAAAGAAAGCCUCCAGUAGUGAAUCUGACUCUGAAAGUGAUGAAGAGGAAUCUAAAGUAAAGGUUGCUGCUAAAUCUGGUAAUUCCUUCAAAUCUGCACCAGCUCAACAAGUAAAGAAGCAACAAAACAAAAAUGUAGAAUCCUCGAGUGAAGACAGUAGUGAUAGUGACGAGCAACCAACUGUUAAAGUAGUAAAAAAACCAGUUCCUACACAAGUACUACUAUUAAAAAAAGGUCCUACUAAAAAAGGAGCCAAAAACGAAGAAUCAGGAAAUUCAUCAACAAGCGAGGAGCCGAAACCAAAAAUAACAUCCACACCAGUGGCUAAUAAGAGCAAUAUUUCUAAAAAGUCUGAAUCCUCAAGUGAUGAAUCUGAUGAUGAUACUCAUGCAAAUCAAAUGCCAGUAGCUGUGAAGCAAGCAUCUUCUCAAAAAGUAGUUCCACAAAAGAAAAAUGAAGUAGAUAAAAAGAAUAAGAACCAAAUGUCUGUUAUAUUGGGACAAUCGAAACAAAAUAUAAGUAAAAAAGAAUCAUCAUCAAGCGAAGACAGUAGCGAUGAAGAAACAGUGACUAAGAAACCUGCUGUGAAUAAAUCAGUGCCAGCAGUAAAACCAUCUAUAGUUGCAAUAAAGAAAGCAUCAUCUUCUAGCGAAGAUAGUAGCGAGGAAGAACCAACUGUCAAGAAAUCUACUCCUGCUAAACAAUCACAAAAUUCAAUAAUUAAAACUGCGAAGGCGAAAGAAGCAUCAUCUUCCAGCGAAGAGGAGAGUGAUAAAGAAGCAAUUGUGCAGAAGCCACCAGCAUCCAAAAAAGGAACUGUUAAGAAAGAAGAAUCUUCUAGCGAUGAUUCUGACGACUCAGAUGAGGAUAAAAAAGCAAAAGUAAAGACCAUACCGACAAAAGUAUUAAAAGCAGCACCAGAAAAGGUAGCACCAAAACAGGAUUCAUCAAGUGACGAUUCUGACGAUUCUGAAGAAGAAUCUGCUUCCCCUGUAAAGCCAACACCUGCAAAAAUGGUACUUAUAGCAAAGAGUAAAAAGCAAGAGUCUAGUGAUGAUUCUGAUUCAGAUUCUUCUGAAGAGGAAAAGCCAAAGGUUGCAGCAGUUUCUGAGACUGCAAUUUCUAAAAAAUCUACGGAUUCAAGUGAAGAAAGUGAUUCGGACGAGGAACAAAAGCAAAUGGUAAAACAGCCGACUCCAAAGAUUAAGACACCUGGUAAAGCUGAAAAAAGGAAAAAUACUGAAGAACAAGAAGAAAGUUUACCUACAAAAAUUGCAAAGAAUAAUUACAGCAAUUUUGUUAAAGCAACUAAUAGCUUUAACGGGGAUAAGCAGCAAAGAAAUAAUACACCAUUUCGUCGAGUAAAGGACGAAGAUGUUUCAUUGGAUCCAAAAUUGGCUAACAAUUCCUUCGAGGCAAAGAAAGGCGCACGAGGUUCAUGGGGAGAAAAGGCUAAUCUGGAUUUGCGACAUACAAGAGGAAAGUCUUUUAGACAUGAAAAAACCAAGAAGAAGCGAGGUAGUUACCGCGGUGGUCAAAUAGAUACAAGUGUUAACUCUAUUAAGUUCGACGAUUAAUCAGUUUGAUAGAUUAAGUAAAGUAACAUAGGUAUAUUUCAUUGAUCACAUUUCUAUUACUUUAAAGAGACUGCUAAUCAAAAUUAAAGAACAGAAUUAUGAGUCUGUUAUCCGAACACUUGCUAUACAUUUGUUUUGUCGAUUAAUAUUCUUCGUUGUAUAAGUAAUAUUUAGAAUUAAUAGUUUUAAUAUUAAAUGACCAUAUUUUAUAUCUGUGUACGUGUAGAUAUGUUUUGUUUGUUUCACGUAAAAGAUGCAGUAUAGAGAUAUUUUCGCAUUACAAUUUGCGAUUUACAUAUAUAUGAUUACAAGUCAAAUCUAAUGAUAAACUAAGAUCGAUUAAUUCCUACAAUAAAUAGAUAUUCUUUUCGAGCAACUUCUGUGUUUAACUUAUAAUUUGAGUCGUUUCAAUUAAUUGUUCGAUUUUUGUUUAACAUAUAUAAACUAUUUAUAUAAACUGUUUAUUGCAAUAUUUAACGUGACAG